UCUCUAGUGUAUUGAUCGUUUUUCUCGAUUUUAUGUUUUGUUAGUGCAUUAGUAUAACGUGAACCAGCAAUGAGUAAUUACAGCAUGUAGGCUAUUUGCUAAUAUUAAUAUUAUAUUAUGUUAGUUCACAGGGAAUUAACAGUUAACUAAGUGUUUUUUUUUGGUUUGUUUGUUUGUUUUUUGCUAAACUUUCAUUAGCUAAGAUUAGCUGAUGCUUUCAUUAAGAUAAGAUACAAGUUAAGCUAAUACAUUCUGUAGAUGUGUUGUAGUUCAUGUUAACUAAAGGGGGUAACAAAUGAAACCUUGUUUAAUCUCCAAACCUAAAAAAAGGGGAAUUCCCCGAAGUCAGCACUUGAUUUUGCCCCACCUUCACUGCAGAGCUGGUAAAACAGAAAGAGAAACCAGUUCGACAGCAACAAGUUAACAAAAAAAUCUGUGGUCUUGAUUGUUUUGUUUUGUUUACAACAUUUUCGAGUCAUCAUGGGCCUUCAGACGAUAUUUGCCAUGUUUUUUGUAGCAUGCAUAUAUGGAGACAUCAUGAAGAUAGACACCACCGGUGCAUCAGAGGCGACAGCAAAACAGGAUAAAUUAACCGUAAAGGGUGUUGAAGCCUCCAAAAAACUGGCUGAGGCUGAUCUGACCAGGAUGGAUAAAUACAAGAGUAUAAUCACUAAAGUUGGCAGAGCAAAGCAGAUGGACCCGGCUGUGAUCGCGGGGAUCAUAUCCAGAGAGUCCAGAGCCGGAGCCGCUCUGAAGGAUGGGUGGGGCGACCGUGGCAAUGGCUUUGGUCUCAUGCAGGUUGAUAAACGCUACCACACUCCAGUAGGUGCAUGGGACAGUGAGGAGCAUGUCGCACAAGGAACUGAGAUUCUCAUUGGCUUCAUUAAAGAAAUUAAAGCAAAGUUUCCCCAGUGGACCCAAGAUCAAUGCUUUAAAGGGGGAAUAUCAGCCUACAACGCAGGUGUGAAGAACGUCCGUACAUACGAGCGCAUGGACGUUGGCACCACAGGCGGUGAUUACUCCAAUGAUGUUGUGGCCCGAGCCCAGUGGUUCAAAAGCAAGGGUUACUGAAGAACAGUAGGCCUAGUCAUAAUCUUUUUUUUUUUUUUAAUU